AUGGGUCACAACACCUUGGUGAGUAGGCUACUUUAUGAGUAUUGGUAUCUGCAAAUAAUUGUAUGCUCAUGACAUUUUACAUGUUCCUAUGAUAAGUCUAUCAAUGGAAAAAAAAACGUUCAACCAAGUACUUUUUUGUUUAUACAUUAGCAUUCAUAGUGAAGAUGUUUAUUUGAGCGAUUUCCCCUACACGGUCCAUGGUUUUCCCCCCUGAAAGUUUAUUUUCUCAUUGAUCUAGUCCAAAGCUUACUUGGGGCAAUCAGGAGUCAAUAUGGCCCCUGUCUUACUCAGCGCUGGGUGCAGUUCCAACAGAAAGAAUCCAAUACCUAGCUAAGCACAAAAGAGACUUCUCAGCAUGGGAGGACCACCUGAGGUAAUUGUAUACUAAUUACACCCAGGCUGAACAUUAUUGAUGACUCACUCAAAAAAGUAUGAGCCAACAGUUAGAAUAAAAAAGCAUUGUAAGUAGUUAUGCUCGAUACGUUACGAUUAUAUUGUGCAGUGUCACCACAAAACAGUGAAAAUGUUUGCUAAGUCUUAAAUUAGUCUGCUCUAUAAGCUUGCAUAAGAUACAGUACAUUUGGCUCUGAGCUCAAGCGCAGGAAAUUGUCCUCCAGAGUGAAAAGUGAUGUUCAGGCUAUUUGCCAAUUUCCUGCAUCCUCAUUGGAGGUGACUGCUCCAGAGAUGUCUAUUCGAAUUCGAAAGAUAUCUGUUAGUCAGGUUCAGACAGACCUGUAUUAGAUUACCUACUUUUUUUUUUUUUUUAUUCAGCUGUCAAGCUAAACGUGCAUGGAACAUUAGACAAAUAAUUCAAUCAAAAUUCUUCUCAGGAAGCCCUGCCUUGUUAAAUAAGCUAUUUAUUGAAUUGAAAAAGGCAGCAUUUGUGAGAAUGAAUGGCCAGUUUGGCCACAGGAAAGCUGCCAUCAUUGUUUCUGUGCUCAUUGAAUUUAUGUUUUAAUGUGCUGCAGUUUUUUUGUGUGGUUUUGACAUAGAAACAAUGCUCAAGUGUUCCAAGUGGUUGUAGUUGCAUCACAUAACCUCACCAACCUACUAGAUAAUUGGAGACAGAUAUUUGGCAUUCUUCAAAUGUGCAGUUUAUGACUAAACCAUUAAGUCUAAUGAGAUUACGGAGAAAGUGAAUUUAGCUGUCUGGGUGCUGCCUGCAGGCAACAGAGGUGGCAUGUCACCCUCACAAUGUGUCAUGAUCCAUAUCUCGCCUAAAUGUGAAGUGAAAUCGCUCUUCAUUGACAAGUUGUUCAGGGUCAACACAGUCAGAUCUGUCUAUUCACCCCUCUAAAAUGUUGCAUCGUUAGUGAUGCAUUUAACCCUUACAAUUGUCCAUUGAGACAGGAGGUUAAGUAUUUUUCCUCUGGCAUGAUGAUACUUCUUUUAGCCAAAAUAAAUGUACGGUAAUUGCUUGUAUUUUCCUGCAGGAAAGAGGAGGAGGUGAGCUCCUCUAGGAAGACAUUACGUUCUUCCUCCAAGACGGCCCAGUACGAGCGCAUUGUCCGCCUGUCAACACCUAAGACCAGGUCCCGAAGCUCCCUGGAAAUGAGGUAAAGUCCCCAAGAAACCGUGACCAUAACAAAAUGUGCCUAGUCCACAUUGUUAAAUACUAGAGUAUACGCAAGCAUGCCACUUGGCCCAGAUCCUCCUUGGCCUAGGAAGCCAAUAUUAUGACAUCUGUUAUUUCGGUAGAGAGCUGUGGCUCUGGGAGAGAGAGGAGGCGAUGGUGAGAUAAUAGGGGCUAUUGUCCCAAGCUCAGGCCCCUGGGACAUUCAGACACAGCCAUGGAAGUCUUUUUAUAAAUCUUCAAGCGCAGCAGCGCAUAUUUGGCCUCAAGCCUUCUAGAAAGGACUCUCAGGCCUGCACACUGGACCGAAUAUGCCAAACAAUAUGCCUGUUUGUUUUCAUGCCUCUGUGGAACACACUCCCAUGGGCAUGGUCUGAAUAGAUGAGAGGUUUUAGUUCAGGGCGGAGAGCUAUGUUGUGGUGUUUGUGUUUGUUUGUGAUGCUUCAUAUUGUUUUAUGGUGAUCUUGCAUAUAUAAAUACAAAUAUUAGAAUCUCUGUGGUUCCACAGGCCUCCUCACACAUCGUGUUGUGAGUACAGCUGCCCUAUCUGGCAUAUAGACCCCAGAGUGAGAACUGCUGAGACCACUCCACGGCUACUACAGCUAGCCAAUCCCAAAGGGAACCACCUCAACUUCAGAAGCAACAGGGAGGUAAGUGCCUAGAAAGAAAGGUAUGUUAUUUAUUCAAUUCAAUGGAAUUGAAAGUGUUGCCAAAGGUGUAUAUCAAUGGUUUACAGUUGCUGUACCUUUGGAUAACGUUUGGAUAACUUAUUUAGAACUUUUGUUUUGGCCUUCAAUGCUUGAGGUCAUGUUUUAUUGGGAAACCAUACAUAAGGCAUUGAUUCAUCUUUUACUUCUAUACUUCUCUUUUUUUUUAAGAAAGUGGAGACAUACAUUUCCUAUGCUGCCAAAACGGCCCAGACCACUCACAGGCUGGACCAGCUCUCGCUGCCCAAGUUGAGGGACAGUAAAAUGUUCUUUGAGCGAGGACGUCCAGAGGACUCCAUUUGGCCAGUGAGCACAUCGCCUUUACUGUCACCCACACAACACGCUGGAAAACAGUUCAAUUCCUAGACCUAGAAUGAUGCUCUGCACCAAUGUGUAACAUUGUCUCAAUAUUGUUGUGAUAUUAGAUUUUUUAUUUUCUAUAAUUUGAAGAAAGAUGCGACGUAAGAAAGGGUAUGCUUUCAUAUAAGUUUUCUAGUUCCUUGGACAGGACUCACUGAAACAUGCAUUCUCAACAGGUGUCAAGGGGAUCCCGGCAGGCCACAGCAACAUUACGACUUCAAACUCUAUCAGCUCCUAAGGGACUUCAUAAGGACUACAUCCCUCUGAGAGACCUGCCACCUUUAUGAGCUUGAUUCUCCGUCAAGGUCCAUGUUGGUGCACUAGGAAAAUGGCCACUGAGAAAAGCAAAAUAAAUGGGUACAGAUUACUC